CACUUGUCGGGUCACGUGAUCAUACUAUUCCCAUCCCAUUUUGUGGAAACACAAGAAACAUAGUAAAAUUCAAACAUAUAAAAAAUAAAAUUUAAUAAAAAUCAAAAAUCCAAAAACCAGCGAUCGCCAUUUUAUUUGAGUUUUUAUUUUAUUUUAUUUGUUCUGAUCGGUGAGUAGCAUGACGACGGCGUUCCCGGCGCUUAUCCGCCGGCUGGCGCCCUACUUAUCAGCUCGGGUCCAUCGGAAUUCCAGGUUUCUCAGCUCAACCGCCGCCGUCCCACAACCUCAGCUAGAUUCAAUUGAAUCUCCAUCUCUGCCGUCCGACGCCGUUCAUAUGACCGAGGGUUGUGUCCGACGAAUGAAAGAGUUGCAAGCCGACGAGGGUGGUAAAAAAUUGUUGCGUUUGAGUAUUGAAGCUGGAGGUUGCUCGGGAUUCCAGUAUAAUUUUUUGCUUGACGAGAAGACCAAUUCUGAUGAUAGGGAAAUUCGUUUAUUUGUNAGGAUUUUUGAGCAAGAUGGAGUGAAAUUGGUAGUUGAUAAUAUCUCCUUUGACUUUGUUAAAGGCGCAACUGUUGAUUAUGUUGAGGAACUUAUUCGUUCGGCUUUCCAGGUGUCCACAAAUCCGAGUGCCGUAGGUGGAUGUAGCUGUAAAAGCUCUUUUAUGGUGAAGUAGAAAUGUACAUAUUUCCACACAGCCACGAAGAUUGCUUACCGAGAUUCAUUUUGAUGCUAUUAUUGUAUCAAGAUUUAUCCCUAAAAUUGAGGAGAGAGGGAGAGAGAUAAGUCCGUUAACGAUUUUCAGAUUUUGUAUGUUUGAUUCUUUUGAAUAUUGUCUGCGUGCCCAGAAACUGGGAAAAAUGCUUAGUGAUGAAGGUUCUGGCUUCUGCUAUUUCUGAUGAUCUGUAAUAUAUGUAGAAAUUUUGUAUUUUGUAUAAGUAUUAGACCUAUUUUGGAUACUAAAAUCUAAUAAUGAACAUUUAACAGUGUUUUUCUUCUUAUAGUCUCUGCCUAAAAUCUUUCACCCAAUUGUUGAAAAAUAUAAGCAAUAUAAAUUAUUGGGUAGCAUUUAUCAACUCCAUAGGGCUGCUAUCCCAAAUGAAGAAACAUUAUGAAGCCACAUUAGAGUUGUGUGCAACUCUGAACCAUGAAUAGCAGCAUUCUGAAUAUUCUUUCUCAACUCUCAUUAGAGUUGUGUGUAACUCUGAACCAUGAAUAGCUCUGAAUAUUCCAACAUUCUCAACUCUUUAACACAAGGAAGUUAUAUAUUUACUUUACUCAAUAACAG